ACCUCAACUUUACAACUACUCAGGAUAUCUAUUCGCCGACGCAAACUCGAUGGAAUGUGGAUCACGACAGAUUCAAUGAACAGGGAUACCAAAUAUCAGGCUUUGGUCGCUUUGUUACCAUUUCGAUGUCUUCAUUGCAACGUUUGAGACAAUCGAUAUAGAUCAUCUAAGACUUCCGCAAGGAGUGCACUCCAACCCCUCGCAUCAAAUCACGCUGCCCUCCUUUUCAUCCUCCCGUGGGCUUCGAGCCAUAGAAUCAUGAGGCUAAGCAAGGGUGCUUUCCUUACAACUUAGCCUCACUGCAUCAGCCUCCAGCGAAAAUGAGCAUUCGAAUCAGUGUCUUGUCCUGCGAGGCCAGCGGCGGCAACGAUACGCACCUACUCGGGCAUAGUGUCCCAAAGAGGAAGUUGAUUUGAUGCUCAUCUAUGACUGGAACCUCUAUUCAAGUUGCAGCAUAGCUCUUGGUGUGAAACCCUUCCCGCACGGCUCUUGUCAUCGGUAGGGCUAGGUCAUCAAGGGGCAAUGUCUAGCCUGCUUUGGCUAUGCUGGAGUUGCGGAGAAGCAUAGUUGCUUUAUCAGGCAGUUCACUAACUUCCCGCUCGACUUCUUUCGACUAUCAAUUCACCAAGCCUCUGACGAUAAACACCUCGAACUAGGAUUUAUGCAUCUUCUACGGGCCGAUCCAUGAUUCCGACUGGCUAUGUUCCUGUUUCCUGCCUCCAAUCAAGGACUAGAAGGCAUUUGCCUUCCCCCCCCCCCGGGCCGCUCCCCAUUAUCAUCUGAGGAGUUCUGGAUACCGGCAGUCACUGCCAAGAUCGAGAUAUGAGGCUAGGCCGAGACUACUUGGUUGAUCUUUAGGAGUAACUUGUUGGAGGGUUGUUUUCUUAGUGCCAUGUCGAUCAUGAUUGACGGCAGGGAGUUCCACUGAACAGAUCCUGAAUACACACAACUAUAGCCAAGGUUAUUGAUGGUAGCCUCCUUAUUCCUCACGCCAUGUCUCAUCACAUGCAAUCGAAUUCCGUCAACGUAUUGUUGUUCAUAAGUUGUGAGACAAGCCGGGUGUGUUCAGGAAGUCCACUGAGACCCAUUACGAUAUCCUGGUGCUCUAUCAUCAAGGUAUUCGUUACGAUGAAAGUCCUAUGCAUCCUUCUUGGCCUUGAUGCCAGGCCCACCGACCUGCUUCUUGCAUUCUCAAGAACUUUUGCACUCUCGUUAUCCUGAGUCGCCUCUCAGAGCUUCUGCCGCCUCGAUGCAUCGCAUCUCGCCUUCCUCUUUUUGUCUGGCGUUGCUGAAGACGAUGGCGAGACGCUACGUAAAUCUGUCGGUUGUCGCCGCAAGAGGAAGCUGAUGAAAAUCAUCCCUUCGAUUGUGUCUUGAUGGGACAUCAUGUCUGGGAAUAGAUGCAAGACACUUGCAGAUUUGCACCUUACAAACCCUGCACUCUGUAAGUUGCGGUUGAGAAUCUCCGGCCGUUGGGCUUUUGACUUCUGGGGGGACACCAAAGAACAAAGUCUCUCUCCACAAACCGUUCGAUAUACUUCUGCCACCACAAUGAUAGCUAACGUUACCAUGUAUCAUGGCUGCGAAUGGCUGGCAGAGGUGACUUCAUGAACUCAACAUACGAACCCCGUAUCAGCCCAUCCAUAUUGUUAUUGAAGCAGUCGCCUAGCAACAUAGAUCAGAUCUAUAUAAGACGUGUUGUCCUCCUCCUCAAAACAACUUACCUUUUCAUCAUCAUCACCCUCAGUCUCAUCCACACACAAGCAUCCCCAAUCGUCUCUUGUUCUGCCUCUGCUCCUUUGUAUCUUCACAAUGGUGAACUUCAAGAACCUCGCUUUCGCCGCGACAACCCUCCUCGGGCUCGUCAACGCCGCUCCUACUACUGCAAAGGUUGACUCCAGCAAGAUCAUUCCUGGCAAGUACAUCGUCACCCUCAAGUCUGAUAUCGCUGCUGCCGAUGUCGAGAGCCAUCUCAGCUGGGUUGAGGAUGUUCACAAGCGUGGACUGAACAAGCGUGCCGAGAAGGGUGUUGAGCGCACCUACAACGGCAAGUAUGGCUUCCACGGCUAUGCUGGCUCUUUCGACAAGGGCACCAUCAAAGAGAUUAAGGAGAACCCCGAUGUUGCCAUCGUCGAAGAGGACCGCGAGUGGGUCAUCAACUGGGUUGAGGAGGAGGAAGAAGAGGCAGAGACUCUCGCAAAGCGUGCCUUGACUACUCAGAGUGGCGCCACUUGGGGACUCGGCACGGUCUCUCACCGUUCCAGGGGAUCUACCAGCUACAUCUACGAUACCAACGCUGGUACCAACACAUAUGCCUACGUCGUCGACACUGGCGUUCGAACCACCCACAAUGAAUUUGAGGGUCGUGCUCAGGCCGUCUACACUGCCUUCAGUGGCGACAACGCCGAUUCUGUAGGCCACGGUACUCACGUCUCUGGCACCAUUGCCGGCAAGACCUACGGUGUCUCCAAGAAGGCCACCAUCCAGGCUGUCAAGGUCUUCCAGGGCAGCUCUUCUAGCACCUCUAUCAUUCUCGCUGGUUUCAACUGGGCCGCCAACGAUAUCAUCUCCAAGAGCCGAACUGCUCGCUCUGUCGUGAACAUGUCUCUUGGUGGUGGUUACUCUGCUUCUUUCAACAACGCCGUCGACUCUGCUUCCCGAUCUGGUAUCAUCUCUGCCAUUGCUGCUGGAAACGAUGGUGCCAACGCCGCCAACACCUCUCCUGCCUCUGCUGCCAGCGCUAUCACCGUCGGUGCUAUCGACAGCAACUGGGCCAUUGCCUCUUACUCCAACUACGGCACCGUCCUUGACAUCUUUGCUCCCGGUUCCGCCGUUCUCUCUGCGUGGUACACUAGCAACAGCGCCACCAACAGCAUCAGCGGUACCUCCAUGGCUACUCCCCACAUUGCUGGUCUUGUCCUUUACGGUAUCUCUGUCAACGGUGUCUCCGGCGUCUCUGGUGUCACCAACUGGCUCACCAGCACUGCUACUUCUGGCAAGAUCACUGGCAACCUCCGCAGCUCCCCCAACCUGAUCGGUAACAACGGCAACACUGCCCAGUAAGCGCUUUAACAUACCAAAAGAGACGAUGGAUGUCUGUUGUGAGACCUUGAUCCAAGAGGAGGAUGAGGGUUGGGAACGAUGAGUAUAUAUGAGAUUGAGAAUGACUACAAGAUUAUGAAGGCGGAUAUUGGAGGAAUUUGGGGACACUCUUUGAUUCUAAAGUCGCUGUUCAUAGGCCAUCUGAAUAUACAACUGUACAUAUCGCGAGAUCUUAAGGCCUCGACGGUCGUAAACGGAAUAUGUGACUUCUCUCAAUGCACUAAUACCUGUAUGAUAGUUUGAUAUGGCCAUAAGAAUUAAGCUUUUGAAACUUCAAGACUGUCCAAAGACUCUAUAGUAAGGGUCACUUCUAUGGCCAUUGCCACUACUGUAUUGGUCUACCUCGAGUAGCCUGGUGGAAGCAAGAAAGCUUCUGAUUUCUACUCUAAAUGAUAGAAGACUUAGGUAAUUCUAAUAAAACCUUACUCAAAUUUAGUAUAGAUUUGGUAUAUCUUUAGAUCAAUCUUUUUUGG